GCUGAGUUCCAGGCGUUUCCCUGGCUUGUUUUGAUUCAGAGGAAGCUGAAGAAGAGGCGGGGGUCUUCUUGGUGUCGUCCCCCGAGGCCUUAGCCAUGUUCCUGCCCUGCUUGGCCUUCCUGCUCUGCCUCGCUGUCCUCGAAGCCCUCCAAAAGGAGCCCAACGUGCAGGUCUAUUCUCGUUAUCCAGCAGUGAAAGGCAAGAAUAAUACGCUCCAUUGCUAUGCGGAGGGCUUCCAUCCUCCCGAAAUUGAUGUCACUUUUGAGAAGGAUGGUGUCCUGAUUGAGAAGGUGAAGAAGUCCGAUCUUACCUUUCAUCUGGACUGGACCUUUGAGUGUCUGUUCUAUAUCCACAUUAUUCCUGAUGGGAAAGCCAAUUACACCUGCAUUGUGGUGCACAGCAGCAUGACCUCUCCAAAGAACGUCACGUGGGAGCAAGAGUACUAAACAGAUGACCCCAGAAGUAAGUUUUGAAAAGCCUUGCCUAUGAAAGAGCAUAGCCCUUUAAGCCUACCUCCCAGUUGUUCCAGCUUGCAGUAGACCGAGCUCGGUUUUCAAGCACGCACAUUGGCAUCUCUGUGUAUGCUACUGAUAUGCCACACUUGCACUGAAAGGGAUUUCCUGUAGGCCCUUUCUAAGCAAAGACUCAAGAUUGCAUUGGAAGUUUGUGCUAUCACACACUUCUUGAGCUUCUCUUUAAAAGAGUCAUUUUCUGCUCAUUUGCCUUUGUUAAAUAUUCUAGACACUUGUUUCCGUUUCUGUCAGAAAUUUCGUGAAAGGCUUGACAAGAUGAUGUGCUUAAAACUUCUUUUAUAUAUUGAGAAUGAAUCAUUUUAUUUGUCAUUUUUGUAAUGCAAAAUGACUGGAGUCUCUUGAUAAAAGUACAAUCGCUAACAUUUUAUUUGUAACGAUUGGUGGUUUUGUCUACCUGGAUGUGCUGCAUACGCAUUGGAAGAUGGCGAAGGCUCACAGUGUUUUUGUCUUUUAUCUGAACAAAUUGUUUUGUUUCACAUCAGCAUAUUGUUGGAUCUGUCCUGAAUAAAAUGUUUCCUGUCUAAA